UUACGUUUAAAACAUUUUUUUUAUGAAAUUUUAAUUAUUUAGAUUUUUAUGAUAAAAAAUAAAGAUCCAUGAAGCAGCUGUAAAUUCUGGAUAAUCUGAUCAACAAUGAAGAUGGAAGGAGAAAGUAAUAUUUUGAAGAAAAAUUUAACUGAGUGGAGAUUCAGCCAAUAUCCUAAAUAUAUUUUGUUGCCCAUUGACGAAAAUCAUGAGCAAUCUCGAGAUGUUAUAAAAAAUGUAGUGUUUUCAGAGGUUCCUCCAAGGCCAUUAGAACACAACAUACGGUUGGUGUGUAUUUCGGAAGAUUCACUGACCCAUAUCUUGGACAUGGACCCUGAAAUAGCAAAUCGAGAAGAAUUUGCAGAAUUCAUUGCUGGUAAAAAGUUACCAUAUGGGGCAUUGCCAGUUGCUCAUCGAUACGGUGGUCAUCAGUUUGGAAUGUGGGUUGGCCAACUCGGAGAUGGUAGAGCCCAUAUUCUUGGUGAAUACGUAAAUAGAAACGGCGAAAGAUGGCAGGUGCAGCUGAAGGGGUCGGGGCAGACGCCCUACUCCCGCGUGCACGACGGCCGCGCCGUGCUACGUGCAUGCAUCAGAGAGAUGGUCGCCAGCGAGGCCUGCCAUGCGCUCGGCAUCCCUACCACUAGAUCUGUAGGAGUGGUUGUGAGUGACGAGUCGGUUCUCCGCGACGAGUUCUACUCGGGCAACCCUCACCGGGAGCGCGCGGCGGUGCUGCUGCGUGCGGCCCCGAGCUGGUUCCGCUUCGGGUCGCUGGAGGUGCUGGCGCGCGGCGGGGAGCUGCCCGUGCUGAGCAGGCUGUGCGAUUUUGUUAUCAAGGAACACUUUCCGGAAAUUCAACUAUCUGAUGAAAAUCGCUUCAUAAGAUUAUUCUCAGAGGUAGCUCACAGAACUCUUGAUUUAGUCGCUAAGUGGCAAGGUGUGGGCUUUACCCAUGGACUUCUAAACACUGACAACAUGAGUCUUUUGGGGCUGACCAUGGAUUUUGGUCCAUUUGGCUUUGUGGAUUCCUAUGAUGGAGGCUUUGUUGCUAACUGUUCGGAUGGAGAAGGUCGAUACGCUCAUGCUAAACAACCUGAUAUUGUUUUAUGGAAUGUAGGCCAACUGGCAGCAGCUUUGAAGCCACUUCUUAACUCAUCCCAGCAGGUUCAUAUGACCCAUAUUUUAAGAACAUUGGACACUUAUUGCAAAAAUAAAAUUCUGGAAAUAUUCCGCAUGAAAAUAGGGCUGAAAGAGGAGCGCUGGGGUGACGAGCAACUGGUCGAGAAGCUGUUAGACAUGAUGCAGCAGACUGGCGCUGACUUCACCGUCACGUUCAGGCAACUGGCUGAGCUUGAACCUUCUGAAAUGGUGAAUGAAACCAACUUGGAUACGAAAUGGUCCCUGAAAAGACUAUCGUCACAUUCGUCUUGGGGUUGCUGGCUUGAUCAAUACCGCGAACGACUGGACAAAGAAGCCGCUGAAGCAAAUUCGCUAGGACUCUUUGAAGAUGAACGUCGUCGCAGAAUGCUCAGCGUCAAUCCAGUUUAUGUACCACGCAACUGGCUCAUACAUGAAGCCAUUCUCGAUGCUGAUAAAAAUGACUUCAGGAAACUAAGAUUCCUGAUUGACGUUUUACGCAGGCCAUUUGAAGUGAAUGCUGAAGCUGAUAAACUUGGGUUUUCAUCUCAGCCACCACAAUGGGCGUACGCUCUGAAAAUUAGUUGUUCUAGUUAACUAAUUUAUGUCUCAACUCACGUUUGCAUUUAUGUACUGGCAUACAGGAGCAUAAUAAAAUCUUUGCCAGAAAGUAUAAAA